ACCAUCUCUCUCUCUCCUCUCCCCUCUGAUUUUGCCCCGUAGCUCUCGCUCCUCCGCUUUCUUCUCCAUGGAGAACUACACACAUAGAUUCAAAAAAACACUCUCUUACAAGUGGAUAAGAACUUCUUAAUCCACUCCACAAAUUAAGGAAAGUUUAUUUGUAUUUUUUGUCCUGGCGCCUAAUCUCUCUUCAGAUAAGAGAGGAAAAGUUAGCACUCAAUCCGGGCUUAAUCUCAGAGAAGUUGGAAGAUAGAGAGAAAGUUAACUUCUUGUUCUUCAUCAAGAAGGUCUUCUGAUUAAUGGGUUCUCUUCAGUUUCAGUGCUGUUUCAUGAAUUAGACGACUUUCGAGUGUAAAGCUGAAGCUACAGAGCUAGUUUCUGCAACUGGUUUCUUCAGUUAUUGUACUGUUCAUGGACUUUCUCAGAGAAAUAGAAGGGAAGAGAGCUCAUGACCCUAUUUUUAAUGACAAGGCCAUGAGCUCCGGCAGAAGUUUCAUUCCAGGACCGGUGAUCGUCGGAGCUGGACCGUCGGGGCUGGCCACGGCUGCGUGCCUGAAAGAGAAAGGAGUGCCCAGUGUAAUUCUAGAGAGAUCCAACCGCAUAGCUUCUCUGUGGCAGCUAAAUACCUACGAUCGACUCUGCCUCCAUCUCCCUAAGCAGUUCUGCGAACUCCCGCUGAUGCCUUUCCCGGAGAAUUUCCCGACUUACCCAACUAAGCAGCAGUUUAUAGAGUACUUGGAGGCAUACGCGGAGCGGUUCGAUAUACGGCCAAGGUUCAACGAGUCGGUGGCGCGUGCAGAGUACGACCACACGCUUGGGUUUUGGCGCGUGAAAACCGAGACAACGGAAUAUGUGUGCCGAUGGCUGAUAGUGGCCACCGGAGAGAAUGCAGAGGCGAUGGUGCCGGAGAUUGAAGGGAGGAGAAAGUUUGGCGGGCCAAUGGUGCAUACAAGUUCGUAUAAAAGCGGAGAUGUGUACAGAGGGAAGAGAGUUUUGGUGGUUGGUUGUGGGAAUUCAGGAAUGGAGGUGUGUUUGGACCUCUGCAAUCAUAAUGCUAGGCCUUCUCUUGUGGUCAGAGAUUCAGUGCACAUCCUACCACGACAGAUGCUGGGGAAAUCAACUUUUGGGCUGUCCAUGUGGUUGCUCAAGUGGCUGCCCAUGCGCCUUGUCGAUCACCUCCUGCUGAUCGUGUCUCGGUUCAUGCUCGGUGACACGGCCAAAUUCGGAUUGGACCGCCCUAAAUUGGGUCCCCUUGAACUCAAAAACUUGUCCGGAAAGACGCCGGUGUUGGAUGUAGGGACACUUGCUAAGAUCAAAAGUGGAGACAUUAAGAUAUGUCCAGGCAUCAGGCAACUGAAGUGUCAUGCUGUGGAGUUUGUUGAUGGAAGAACUGAGAAUUUUGAUGCUAUAAUCUUUGCAACUGGUUACAAAAGCAAUGUACCAUUUUGGCUAAAGGAGAGAGAUUUGUUUUCAGAGAAAGAUGGGCUACCUCGGAGGCCAUUUCCAAAUGGUUGGAAAGGCAAUUGUGGGCUAUAUGCAGUGGGGUUCACUAAGCGCGGCCUGCUUGGCGCAUCAAUGGACGCCAAACGAAUCUCAGAAGACAUUGAACGGUGUUGGAAAGCUGAUGCAAAACGUCUUACAGUGAAAUCACAUACAUGAUUUUGAGUAUGUUUGGUAAUGAUUCUAGAAAAUGUUUCUAGUCUUUUUUAUGCUUAAAAGAUAAAAAUUUUGAAGUGUUAAAAAGACUAGAAACACUUUCUAAUAUCACAGUCAAACGCACUUUUUAUUUGAGUUAGGACUAGAAGAGGUUUUGAUUGAAGAAUUAGGGGACUAUUGGAGGGUUUUGAUGGUGCCAUGCAUUAGCCGAAGAAGGUGCUCCUCCAAUUGAGGAAAAGAAGAAAAGUAAAAGAGAGUUGUACCACUGAUCCCUAGCUACAUAUCUUUUCAAAUGAUACACAAGGUCUUGGGAAGGAGGAAUUGAGAGUGAAAGAAGAAGUGGUGUUCAUUUGUGGGGGACCUCAACUAUCUGUACAUCUUGUACAUUACCAUUUUUCUCAAGGUAAUUAGGUAUGACUUAAUUUA